AUGCCAGCUACUACGCCUUCCAUCCGCUUCAGUAGCCUGCCCACUGGCCCACCCAAUCUCGGAUUAUUCGAUAAGCUGCCGCGUGAAGUCCGUGAUAUGAUUUACGGCUUCUGGGCGGAUCUCCAGCUGAACAGAUAUCGUGACCCUCAGACCAAGGCCACCCAUGUCUCCCGCGCAUUCCAGCAGCUGCAGAUGUAUCCGACCAGGCUUACCAACAAGGAAUUUUUUGUCGAACUUCUGGCCGCGAGCACCAGGGCGCGAUCUUUUUGGCAAUCAUCUGGUGGUGUUUUCGUUCUUGGAGGAUUCGUCAAGUUCGUCAGCACCCGUCUAGGAGUUGGCUUUCCCAUCGGAGACCUGGGCCUCCCAGUCUCUGUUCUUCCGUUCUGUUUGAACUAUGGCCGACCACUUCCGACAUACCUGAAGGCUCCGACCCGUGAACUGAGAGACGGUCUGAGAAAGUUGUGGAAUCUCCGCGAUGACUACAAAUUGGAAACUCCCAACUUCUUCCUCGACAUCCAUUACGGUUGGGCAAGAGACUACAUGAUCCAUCACAUGAAUUCAAGACGGCAGCGUGGGGACUUGACCUCCGACUGUAAAUUCGACGAUAUGCGCGUUCAGAUCUAUCCAAGAGACAAGCCAGCUUCGAUCAAGUCACUUCAACAAGCAAUGCGCCGACUUGGAAGCCAAACAGACGACUGCUACGCCGCUUCCAUCAGCCACACCUAUCCAAACGAGCGGCUACGAACUGCAAACAUCUGUGCAGCUUUGCUCGAUCUAAAGAACGCCGGUAUUCCCAGACUCGAGGCAAUUCAUCAAGAGUUCAUGGAUCAAUCACACCAAUUCUGGGAGGCUAUGGAAAAUCAGUACAGUGUUGGAGACUUCUUCAGCCUCAUGGAGUCGGGAUUGGGCAGUGCCGGAGAAGACUAG